AUGGAGCUCACCUUCACAUUUGUGGAGCUCAAGACGGCCACCAAGAACUUCCCGCCGGACAGCGUCCUCGGCGAAGGUGGGUUUGGGAGAGUCUACAAAGGGUGGGUGGAUGAGAAGACGAUGGCCCCGACCCGGAACAACACUGGCAUGACUGUUGUCGUCAAGAAGCUCAAUUCCAAGAGCAUGCAGGGUUAUGAGCAAUGGCAAGGUUUGAAAAGGUCGCAGCAACAUAACCAGUCAGUGUUCUCAUGUCAGGACGUCGAUCAUUUUGCAAGAAAAUUAUCAAGCAAUAGCAACUGCCGUUUCAAGGCAGGGGUGAUCAGCGAUGAAAUGCUUGCUAGUUCCUACCACUGCUAUUACUACAAACUGGCAAGGCCACAGUGUAAUACUGUGUAUAGAGAGGUCUGA